UCCGCAUCAUGGAUAAGAAGGCGCUUGAAUCCUCGUUUUUUGAAGAGCGCACGUUUCAGUUACAGAACUUGCUGCCUUCGCUGCCAGUGCCUCCCCUUGAUGAAUCUUUAAAGAAAUACCUCGAAGCAGUGAAGCCAUUUCUAAAUCAAGAAGAAUAUCAAAGAACUGAGGAUAUAGUUAAAAAAUUUGAAAAUGGGAUUGGAAAAGAGUUGCAUCAGAAAUUACUGGAAAGAGCUAAAACAAGAAGGAAUUGGCUGGAGGACUGGUGGCUGAAUGUGGCUUAUCUUGAUCUUCGCAUAUCAACGCAAAUAUACUGUAACAUUGGAGGCCCUGGCCCCUUUAUUGAAAACUACUGGCCAGCCAAAGAAGGCACUCAGAUAGAGAGAGCAUGUGUUUAUAUAUGGCACACCCUGAAAUACUGGAAUCUAUUAAGAGCAGAGAAGGUGGCAACAGAGAGAUCUGGGAAUGCUAUUUUGGACAUGAACCAAUUCCGAAUGCUCUUUUGCACUUGCAAGAUUCCUGGAGUUACCAGAGACUCAAUCUGCAAUUAUUUUAAAACUGAGACUGAAGGUGAAUGCCCGUCUCACUUAAUAGUCCUGUGUCGAGGCCGAGUGUUCGCCUUUGACGCUGUACAUGAAGGCAAUAUACUGACUUCUCCAGAGAUUUUCAGGCAACUUACAUAUAUCCAGAAAAAAUGCCAUAGUGAACCAGACGGACCAGGACUGGCAGCCUUAACAAGUGAGGAAAGGACGAAAUGGGCAGAGAUGCGUGAAUAUUUAAUUGAUCUUGAUCCAAAAAAUUUGACUCUUCUGGAAAAAAUUCAGAGAAGUUUGUUUGUGGUCUGCCUGGAUGAUUCUAGUCCCCAUGCAACUCCUGAAGACUACUCUGAGGUUACGAGGCUGGGGCUAACAGGUGAUCCCACUAUACGCUGGGGAGAUAAAUCCUACAAUAGCAUAUUCUUUUCCAAUGGAACCUGUAGUGCGUUCUGUGAUCAUUCCCCUUUGGAUGCCAUGGCUUUAAUUACCAUGUUAUCUUAUGCCGAAGGCAAGAUUAUUGAAAAUGAGGGAAGGUGGAAGGGAUCAGAUAAAGUAAGGGAUAUUCCAUGGCCAGAGGAACUUGUAUUCACAGUGGACCAAAAAAUUAUAAAUGAAAUUGGACGUGCUAAGGAAUCAUAUUACAAAAAGGUAUCUGACCUGCAACUAGUGAAUUAUGCCUUCACGUCCUUUGGAAAAGCAUUGAUUAGGAAGAAGAAACUUCACCCCGAUACAUUUGUGCAGCUUGCCCUCCAGCUGGCUUAUUACAAAUGUCAUGGCCGUCCGGGCUGCUGCUAUGAAACUGCCAUGACCAGGCGUUUCUAUCAUGGCCGCACAGAGACCAUAAGAUCAUGCACUGUGGAAGCAGUGGAGUGGUGCAAAUCCAUGCUGGAUCCUUCUGCCAGUGCUUAUCAACGUAUUUGCAUUUCUUUGACAGGAUUUGAUCGUCAUCUUCUGGGUCUCCUACUCAUAGCACAGGAGCAAGGACUCCCAGUGCCAGAACUUUUUGUGGAUACUGCGUUUGCAACUAGUGGAGGAGGUGGGAAUUUCGUUCUUUCAACUAGUCUGACUGGCUACACUAGUUUUAAUGGAUCUGCACUUCCUAUGGUGCAUCAUGGCUAUGGCUUUUUUUAUUCAAUCAGAAAUGACAGGAUUGUUGUCACCUGUUCUUCCUGGAAAUCAUGUCCAGAGACUGAUGCGGAAGUGCUAUGUAGAACUGUGUUCCAGUGUUUUCAGGACAUGUUACAAUUAACAAUUACAGCUCAGCUGUAAAGUUGGUAAUGAUGUAAAAGAGCCCUUGCAAGCUCACAAAUUAUGUGUAGUACUUAUAAAUGAAAUGCUAGGCAAGAAAACUGUUAUAUUCAUAUUAAGACAUUUAAAGAUCUUUAUUAAGUCUACCUAUUUUUAUGGGAUUUACUGGUAGCAGUACCCAUUUAAGAGUGAUGUAGCCAUUUGCAACAUCAAUGCAAGUAGUAGUACCUUAUCUGUGUAGAACUAUGCAAUAUUAAAGUAUGCCUCAACAAUGCAAGUGUAUUUGAGAGACAUGGCAUUGGAUAUGGAGAAUUUAUGGAAUUUUGUAUUUGUGAUCUUAGUAACAUGUAGAGUACUUUUGUAAUCUACAGAUAUUGUUUACUUCAGUGGAGCACUUAAAUGUAUGUCAGAGUAACCACACUGUCCUCAUAGGUGAUUGUGCUUCCUAUUCAUAGUGGUUUAUGAAAUAGAAGGGCUGUCUUCAUCAGGCUAUGCUUUAUUUUAUGAAUGGGUUAUCUUUCACUUUUGCUAUUGGAAUUAUAUCAAACGAAUGUUCUAUCCAUGAGUGGGGGUGUUCCCACAACAUUUGUUAUAUAGGAACACUACAAUCUGAAAUAUUAUUGAGAACUCCUUUUUCAAAAUAAAAACAGAAAGCAGGAUAUUAAUGGCAAGUUCCAUAGAGUUUACAUCUCCUAGUGAACUGUGAAUCUCUCUGCUGCUUUACACUAAUAAUACACAAUAAAAGUAAGCACUGAAUGCAGUUUGAUAAGUUUCUCAGGAUUUUAAGAUUCUUGAUUCCUCUGUUUGAGUAGCUUUGUGUUUUUCUCUUAUUAAAGCACUUCCAAAAAUCA